AUGCGCAAGUCGCUGCACGACUACUUCGGCAUGAGCCUCGUGGAGCCGCUGGAAACUGGCGAGCCGCAGCUGAUGAUUGUGAGCGGCAUCACCAGCAAAGACGGCGAAAUGUGCCUGCAGGUAAAAGGCCUUUCUAUUCUGCAAAGAGGCAGCAGCACAGCUUUCUCUCAGGUCGAGGGCGGCGCCUUCAACAAAGACGGAGCCCACGUAGUCCUGGACACAUGCACUAAUGCCAUUGCUGCUGGCGACGGCCGAGUUCGUUUUGAAAUUUGGGUGCAAAACGCCAACAGGCAAAUUGUGGCCAUGCGGAGUCAGCCGAAAAAAUGCAUCAUUCUGCAGGACGGCAAGGUGGAGGGCGGAGGCGCAGUGGUCCUCGGAAACUGCCUCGCUGCCCUCGAAGAAGGCGACGGGCGCUCCACCUGGACCCCCGAGCCCAACUCCCAGCUAAGGCUGGACCGCGCCGGCUUCUACUGCCUGACGCAGCAGAACAGCCACGGCACUGAGCCGGGGACUGGGGACAUUGCCGUGGCCUUCGGCGCUGCAGCUCAGAGCGGCAGUUCCGCGGGCGCGGCGCACAGCCCCGCGAUGGCUCUUGACAGAGACGUGAGCACUUUCUGGGCCUCUGGGGCCUUCCCCGACGCCGAGGAGCACCCCGUUGCCCUCGACAUCGAUCUCGCGCGCGGCUGGCCGCGCUGCGCCUGGACUGGGAAUACCCCCCCAUGGCCUACAAAGUGCAAGUCAGCCAGGACGGCAAGACGUUCACGCGCGGCCUUUCCCAGGGAUGCAGCUGAAAACGUCGCCAACCCCGCGAACGUCACCCUGGACACUCUCCCUGGACCAGUGGCCCAGCAUGUGCGCAUUCUGAUGACGCACCCGCACACCACCAACGGCAAAGUGGGGGACCAGUACGUGUACGGCAUUCGAGAGGUCUACGCACUCGCGAGCCGGCUGGACUCGGCUGUGGGGGAUUGCAAAGAGGCGGCGAACUCUGAAGACGCACGAGACAAGUACUUUCUACUGCCAGUCCACGAAUUCGACUCGGAGAUCGCGGCCAAGAUGGACUCGCUCGAGGAAGACGUGCUAAGGCGCUCCCGCACUCUCGGCAAGAAAACGAAACUCGCAGCCGACAGCCUCGACAGGGCCAAGAACUGCGUCGCAGAGAAAGAAAAACUCAAAACGCAAACGCAAGCCCUCGCAGCCACUGCCGCCACUCUCCAGGGGGAACUCCUCAAGCUUUCGUUCAAGACCCAGGGCCGGGACGAGCGGGAGCUGGGCUAUUUACCAGGCGACUCCCCGAACUACCCCGCGGAAGACUGUUUCGCUGCGAAGGCCGCCAGCCCCGAGGCCCCCUCGGGGUUUUACUGGAUCCUGCCCCGGUGCGCCCCGCAUCCGCUUCGGGUGUACUGCGCCAUGGAAAGCGCCACUUCGCUGCUUUUUGUCAAACUCGGAGUUGGAGACGAAACCACAAAUGUUCCCAAAGUGCAUUCGCUGACUUCUCUGCGUCUGCGGUGUGCGGAGAAGGGCUUGGAGCCCUUCGUGCUGCAGUCCGCUGGCCACCUCCGGGCGCUCCAGCUGGCUCUGAAGCAAAUCGGCAAGCUAAUUGAGUCCACUAUAUUUCAGGAAACAAACAAACUUGCCGAACACUCAGGACUUGACGAAGUGGAAAACGCAGUGCUGCCGCUGGCCCAUGAUAUGGGCUGCUUGGAGGGGAAAUGCACUGGCGCCUACAAGGACCUCUUCUCGGGCACAACGGACUUGACUUCUUUGCUGCUUGAGGGCUCUACGAGUUCACAUGCGAAUCCAAAGGCGUUGCCUACGGCCGGCCUGAGGCUCCCUGGAGCCGAACCCACUUACUUCGACAUCGAGACAGCAAAUGUGGCAGUUAUUGUCUGCUCGACAAAUGCGGGGGAAGGCCAAGUCGCCCUGCCGCACAUCGACAUCGGCUGCGAGGCGUCUGCCGCUUCGCACCCGGCGUUCUUCGGAAUAACCAACACGAACAUCGUGGUGGAGUGCCCGCCCGGCUGCAGCGAGGCCAGCUCUUUGCCAGUCUUCGGCACCAAUGGCCUCUACUCGGACUUGAGCGCCAUUUGCAAAGCCGCAGUCCACGCGGGAGUCCUUAAGGGCAGCAACGGCGGUCUCGCUAGUGUUUCUUUGGAGAGCAGCUUGCCCUCCUAUGAGGGCUCUACAAGCAACGGAGUCAAGUCGGAGGCCCUGAAUACCCCCAACACCAUUCAACUCACUAACGAGCUCAAGACAGACCUCCAGCAGCAACACCAGCAGCAGCAGCAAAACGGAGGCGGCCUGCCCAGCAAACGCAGGGGGCGAGUGACGCGCAGCGUUCGAAUUGUGCCAGUUGCAAAAGACUGCCCCAUCGAGAGUCUUUCGAGUUUGUCGAGUUCCUUCAUCGAGCUCGCAGUCUCGACCACCGCUGGUGCUGCUGUCUCGGAAACUCCGAACGAGAAAGCUGAAGAUGUGAUGAUAGACCCCAUGAUGGCUGCUGUAAUCAACGACGUGCUGGGGGCAUUAGACCAAGUCCACGGCCUAGACCCCACAAACGUGUUUGCGGCGCAGACAGCAGCAGCAGAGGCCACUGCAGCGCUGGAAGAGGCACUGAUGCCUGCAGCCCUGCUGCAGCAGCAAGUGCUGAGCUCAACGGGCGACCUGCUGCAGCAGGCGGAAGGCGCAGCGACGGCUCUGCUGAACAGCUCGGGGGCCGUCGGCGCAGAUCUGGACGCUCUGAUAUAUGAAUUGGGAAAAGUGGAGAAGCAGAGACGGAGCCAAACAGGCUUUCAGUCCUUCAGCCUCAACUACACUCGAGAUGCCUUUUCCGAUGUGUUUGAAACCGCCGACAGCUACAGAGCCACAGGGGGCCCGAGCUCCUGGGGAUACGCAGAAGUGCAGCUAAAUGAACACACCAAUCAGAAACACACCAAUAAGAAACACACCAAGACCAUUGGUCAGUCCGCCCCGGUGAAGGGGCGGAGGCCCACGGAAGGAACUUUUGCUUUUCUGAAGGGGCGCCGUUUCUACGACGGCGUGAUUCACGUGGAUUUUUUCCCCUUCGACAAAGGCACCGUCGGAGUCGCCUUCAGAAUGCAAGACCUGCAGAACUUGUUUCUGCUGUCAGCCAGCAAUGAGCCUCACCAGCUGCUGCUGCACAGAGUCGAAGACGGCGAGGCCUUUCUGCUGCAGCAAACUGAAAGCCCGCAGUGCUACACAGAGAACAGCUGGAACCGUCUGCGCAUAGAGCUGCACCACGGCCGCAUAAAGGUGGCCGUGGGCGAGGGGGAGAAGCACUGGAGGCCGGCGCUGGACAUGUUCGAUGAAGGCUUCCUCUCGGGAACUGCCGGCCUCUUCGUCUCCGGGGUCAAACGAGGAGUCCUCUUUGACAACUUCCGAGUCGACGCUGCCCCCUGCUCGCCCAUUUCAAAAGGCCUGCAGCUAAGACAAGGCAGCUCCAGCCGAUUCCGCAGCAGCAGCAGCAGCAGCAGUCAGCAGCACCAAUUCCGCUGGGGCCUGCCGGCGCCGCUGAGGACCAAGGUGGGUGUUGGUGGCCUCUUUGUUGAAACUGCUUGA